UUCAAGUCCAUAACACAAUUUUCUGCCUCGUUUCCCUCCUUGCCUCCUCGCCUCGCCGGCGCUGCCAUGCGCCGCCGCGUCCUCCUCCGCCUCAGGCCACCGGCGCGGCGAUGCCUCUGCGCGGCGCUCUCGACCGCGGCCUCGACGACGGCGGCCGCGCCCAGCGCGUACCGCCUGCUGGCCCUCCUCCGCGGCUGCGUGGCCCCGCCGCACCUCCCGCUGGGCCUCCGCAUCCACGCGCGCGCCGUCACCUCGGGCCUCCUCGCGGCCGCCGACGGGCCGGCGGCCGCGCUCCAGACGCGCCUCAUCGGCAUGUACGUCCUCGCGCGGCGCUUCCGGGACGCCGUCGCGGUGUUCUCCUCGCUCCCGCGCGCCGCCGCCGCGUCGGCGCUCCCCUGGAACUGGCUCAUCCGCGGGCUCACCAUGGCCGGGCACCACCGCUUCGCCGUGCUCUUCUACGUCAAGAUGUGGGCCCACCCGUCCGCGCCGCGGCCGGACGGCCACACCCUCCCCUACGUCGUCAAGUCGUGCGCCGCGCUCGGCGCGCUCGCCCUCGGCCGCCUCGUGCACCGCACCGCGCGGGCGCUCGGGCUCGACCGCGACAUGUACGUCGGGAGCGCGCUCAUCAAGAUGUACGCGGACGCCGGCCUCCUCGGGGGCGCGCGCGAGGUGUUCGACGGAAUGGCCGAGCGGGACUGCGUCCUGUGGAACGUGAUGAUGGACGGGUACGUCAAGGGCGGCGACGUGGCCAGCGCGGUGGGGCUGUUCGGAGCCAUGAGGGCGUCCCGCUGCGACCCCAACUUCGCGACCCUGGCGUGCUUUCUGUCUGUGUGCGCCACGGAGACUGACUUGCUCUCUGGGUUGCAGCUCCACACCCUGGCGGUGAAGUAUGGGCUAGAGCCAGAGGUCGCCGUGGCUAACACGUUGGUGUCAAUGUAUGCCAAAUGCCAGUGCUUGGAUGAUGCGUGGAGGCUGUUUGACCUGAUGCCACGAGACGAUUUGGUAACCUGGAACGGGAUGAUAUCUGGGUGCGUUCAGAACGGGCUUGUCGACGAUGCGUUGAGAUUGUUCUGUGACAUGCAGAAGAGUGGUCUUCAGCCUGAUUCAGUUACACUGGCGAGCUUGUUACCAGCUUUGACUGAUUUGAAUGGUUUCAAGCAGGGGAAGGAGAUACAUGGCUACAUUGUCAGGAACUGUGUGCAUUUGGAUGUCUUCUUGGUGAGUGCUUUGGUGGACAUAUAUUUCAAGUGCAGGGAUGUGAGGAUGGCACAGAAUGUCUUUGAUGCUACAAAGACCAUCGAUGUGGUUAUUGGUAGCACAAUGAUCUCGGGUUAUGUUCUUAAUGGGAUGAGUGAAGCGGCAGUGAAAAUGUUUCGUUACCUCUUGGAAGUGGGCAUCAAACCAAAUGCCGUCAUGGUAGCUAGCACGUUGCCAGCAUGUGCUUGCAUGGCUGCUAUGAAGCUUGGUCAGGAGCUCCAUGGGUAUGUUCUGAAAAAUGCAUAUGAAGGAAGGUGUUAUGUGGAGAGUGCAUUAAUGGACAUGUAUGCGAAAUGUGGUAGACUUGACCUUAGCCAUUAUAUCUUCUCUAAGAUGUCUGCUAAGGAUGAGGUGACAUGGAACUCGAUGAUUUCAAGCUUUGCACAGAAUGGGGAACCUGAAGAAGCUCUUGAGCUGUUUCGUCAAAUGAGUAUGGAAGGAGUGAAGUACAGCAAUGUGACUAUAUCUUCCAUCCUAUCAGCAUGUGCAGGCUUACCAGCUAUAUAUUAUGGAAAGGAGAUCCAUGGUAUCAUCAUAAAGGGUCCCAUAAGAGCAGAUGUGUUUGCUGAGAGUGCUCUCAUAGAUAUGUAUGGCAAAUGUGGGAACUUAGAAUUGGCUUUUCGUGUUUUUGAAUUCAUGCCUGAGAAGAAUGAAGUGUCAUGGAAUAGUAUAAUCUCUGCCUACGGGGCUCAUGGCCUUGUUGAAGAGUCGGUGAGUUUAUUAUGCCGCAUGCAAGAGGAAGGAUUCAACGCAGACCAUGUAACAUUCCUUGCUUUGAUAUCUGCUUGUGCUCACGCUGGGCAGGUUCAAGAAGGACUCCGACUUUUUAAAUGCAUGACUGAGGAAUAUCAGAUUGCACCUCGAGUGGAACACUUAGCUUGCAUGGUUGACUUAUAUAGCCGGGCUGGGAAGUUGGAUAAAGCCAUGCAAUUUAUUGCUGACAUGCCUUUCAAGCCGGAUGCUGGCAUUUGGGGUGCUCUUCUCCACGCUUGCCGUGUGCAUCGCGAUGUUGAACUUGCAGAGAUUGCUUCUCAAGAACUAUUCAAGUUGGAUCCUCAUAAUUCAGGUUAUUAUGUGCUCAUGUCCAAUAUCAAUGCUGUUGCUGGACGGUGGGAUGGUGUCUCAAAAAUGAGAAGAUUGAUGAAGGAUAAGAAAGUUCAGAAGAUACCUGGUUACAGCUGGGUAGAUGUUAAUAAUACCAGCCAUUUAUUUGUUGCAGCAGACAAAAGCCAUCCUGACUCUGAAGAUAUUUACAUGUCUUUGAAGAGCCUUCUUCUAGAAUUAAAACAUGAAGGUUACGUUCCCAGGCCAGACAUAUGUUAUACCACGCAACCAGACAACACCACCCAGGUAAUGGCAAUUUGAUUGUGAUUUAUCCCAGUGGAAUCUGAUAUUCUAAUGGUAAUAAAAGGAGAAUUCGUUUUUGUACAAAUUGUUGCAUAGAGCAAAGCAAAGCUUCUAAUGCAGUACGAUUCCAUGUUUCCAUGUGAAGAAGUGGCGAGUUGACUUGCUUGUGCAUUAGCUGAACCCUAAACGCUCAAUUCGUAAUGCAAAAUUCAAAUGGCCAUGGAAUGUAUCUUGUCCAUCUUGGCCAUGUAUCACCUGUACAUAGGCGCGGUCUGAUCAGCAAAGUUUAUAUAAUUCUUUGAAGGGUCAAACUCUCAAUGCUGACAGUUUAUUCCUUGUACUGUGUUGACAGGCCUGUCAAAACCAUGAGAACACGCGAGAUUCAACAUUUUCACAGCAGCUUGGCAUGCUUAUGAAACAAGAUUGUGCAGCACAACAAGGUUAACAAUGAAAUGUGCGUGACCUGUUGAGUCAGUCGAUCAUUUUAACUGAUCUGAAGGGCUUUGGAUCUAGAACAGAGGACCCCUGGGUGGUAUGGCUUGGAGAUAUCCAAUAGAUCAUUUGGAAGCUUCUCGCGCCGUAUCUGCGCAAGACUCUGGGGAUUUCUUGUCGCGUCCAGCAUCCUAUCCAAGAACUGAACGAACCGGCGAUCCUCGUGAGCAACCUGUGGGUCUGAAAACCUAGCGAGGUUAUCUUGAUCCUGCACCAUUACCAGCAAAAAGCAUCGAUAAAUAGACGGUCUCUCCAACCGAAGCAACAGACACAUUGGUACUAGCCAUCCUCCAGAAAUGCAAGUGCUGUUUACUUGUUCAGAGGAAACAAAAGGACAAGUGAUAAUUUAGACAGACACAAGUCAGGGAGCCUGAAUGGGUUUAAGCAGUUUCCGAAGAGCUGGCUUAACAAAUUUCUGAAGAGUUGCGCUAACCUUCUCUUGUAUGAAAGAAGGCUGUCCGCUUUCGGUUUUCCCGCGCCCGAUGACAGCAGCGAGUGUGCCCUCUUCAAUUACAUCAGCAUCAGCGAAAGCAAAAUCAAUCUAUACGUCAGUGAGCAUGGUUUCAGCCAAAAUUCUUUUCUUUCCUGCCUGCAGGAUUUACAAUGGUGACAAGAGAAUAGAGCUUACUUGGGCGCCUUCCUCGUGGUUGCCGACCUUUAUCCCUGCUUUCUCUGCCUCACUUGCACAGAUCACAGACCUGGCUGAUCAACCCCAACAACCGAUUAGACGCAACCGAUGAUCAGAGUGAGCGAAUGCACGAGGGAUUUCAGAUGUUCAGGAUGCAAGUAAAGCUCAUGUGGCACAGAUGAACCACGGAGUGGCAGUGAAGCAAUUGCAACGCUUACGAGGGUAUGCCGACAAUGCCGGUCAGCGAGCCUCGCCGGAGGCGCGUGCCGAGGUACUGGACGGCGAGCCCCGACGCGGCGCCGGAUCCGAGCCCGACCACCAUGCCGCUCUUCACGAACUCGUCCACCUGAAUCAAUGCCGCAUAACAUGAGGUAAGUGCCUCAGCAUUCAGACGAAGCCGGCGGGCGGAAGAGUCAGCAAGUGUCUCCCUUAUUACCGUGAGCUUGGCGGCGUCGAAGAGGCGGACGACAUCGGCGUCGGCGGCGGCCGCGCAGGCCACCGAACGUCGCCCCUGGAGACACCGAGCGGCGUGGCGCUGCCGCGGCCGCGGUCGCCGGCACAGGGGGACCCGCGCGUGCGAGCUUGCCGCGAUGCUUGCUCUGGCGACUGCCUCCAUGGAGACGAGCGGCGAAUACGGGGGCUGCCUCUCUGCUCGAGCGUCAGCUUUGCCGGUGCAGCCUAGCGGUUUCGAGACCUGCCACACAGUUUGGGUAAGCACCAGCGCUUCAGAGGAUAAGGAGUGUGACAGCGCACGAGCAGCGCGACAAAUUCCAAGUGAAUAAGAUGUGUUGGGACUUGGGAACCCAUGUUUUUCUCUGUUCUGCCCACUCCAAAAAAAUUGUGAAGUUAUCUGUUUUUUUUAUAGAUUUUCAUCGUGGUAUAAUGAUACUUUUGUUAUCCUCAGUUUCAAGAGAUAACUGUAAAAACGUGUCACGUGUUAAUUAGUAGGUGCUAUUGAGCGAAAGUGUCACUCUAAUCUCGAGCGCAAAUGCACCCGCAUGGACACUAAAUUCCAAAAAAAUUGCAAAAAUAUAUUAAAAGACAUCUGAUUUUUUUGGAUGAACAUCAACAAGUUCUCCAACAUCCUGCAAAA